UGUAAACACACGUAUUACGACCACAGCUUAUAUGUGCUUGUGUUUCAAAAUAUAAGUAUGACCGUUCUUGAUAUUUAAAUACCAGUAACAAAGCAGAGUAAUGGCAUCUGUGACAAGGAGAAAAACAACAGAAAACCAAAUUCGAAGUGAUGGUUCAAGAAAGAGCAAUGGAACGGUCACCGACGUGUCAGUAGAUACCAAGGAAAGUCAUCAGAGACAGAUUUUUGGUUUUGCCUUCCGAGACCUAACUUCAUGGAAUUCUAUUGUAAGGUUACUAUGCCGGCCAACGGAUCCAGCAGCUCUUGGAAUUCUUCGGUUUCUUUAUGGUCUUCUGUUGAUGAUUGAUACCCUUGAGGAGAGAGGGAUGGGCCAUCAAGCCUACAGACGGUGGGCUCCAGACAAAUGCUUCUCUCCUCUGUUCGAUUUCCUCACACCUCUGUCAGUAGCGUGGAUGUACCUGUUGUACUUCGUUAUGCUGUUAGCUACAGUAGGUAUCAUGUUCGGGUUUUUGUACCGUUGGUGCCUAUUUAUUUUUACUGCUAUAUACUGGUACAUGAUACUACUGGACAGUUCUGUUUGGAACAACCACUCCUACCUAUUUGGACUGCUUGCCUUCCUUCUCUUAGUUACCGAUGGGAACAGAUAUUGGUCAGUUGACAGUUUGAUAUGGCCAAAACUGAGGAAUCAAGAAGUACCCUUAUGGAAUUAUACAGUCAUGCGAUUUCAGGUAUUCAUACUAUAUUUCUGUGCUGGAAUUAAGAAAAUUGAUCCUGAAUGGUUGUACGGGUGGUCACAAAGACUCGCAUCUGGACAUUGGGUUUUCGAUAUUUUUAGACCAUUUCUGACGAACAGCCAUAUUGAUCUGUUUAUCAUUCACUGGAUCGGAUUUCUACUUGACCUGACCCUUGGCUUCUUACUUUUCUUUGAUAAAACAAGAGUGUUUGGCCUGAUUGUGGGUCUGUCCUUUCAUGCUAUGAACUCUCAAAUAUACAGUAUAGGUAUGUUUCCUUUCAUAGGCAUGGCUACCUUGACUGUAUUUUGUUAUCCGGAUUGGCCCCGGAAGAUCAUUAAUAAAAUUGCGACUUGGCGUAGUCCAACCUCUUUCUUGAGCAGUCCUCAUUGUCUCUAUACAAAAGACGCCGCCAAAUCGGAAUCGGAAAGCGAACGGAAUUAUGACGGUAAAAAAAAUAGGAAGCAGACUACCCCCACUUACCGCCAUGACGACACCACAAAGAACAGACCAACACAAGCAGGUCCUUACCAUAUAAUCAGUGUCUUCUUUGUUUUCAUCUACAUUGCCGAACAAUUGUUUCUACCGUUUUCCUUCGGAGUAUUUAAGGGACUGGACAAUGGUGUAGGUGGGCUAUAUGGAUACAGCUGGAACAUGAUGAUAUACUAUCCUGAUCCAUACAUCAAAAUAUACAUACGCGAUCUGGAAACGGGAGAAGAAACGGAUGUUUCAAAAUUGGUUACCAACAAAAGCGAAAGUAGCCGGUGGGCUUACAACCCAUCUAUGUUGCUCCAGUUUACCAAAUGUCUAGCCCGGAAGGUGGACGACGACGGCUCAUUGGCAGGAACCUUCGCUAUUACAUACGACAUAUGGGUUAAAGUUAACAGUCGAGUUAGGCGCAGACUGUACGACCCUAACAAGGACAUGCUGACUGCAGAGUGGAAUCUGUUCUCAAAAACGGACUGGGUGUUUCCACCACUACCAGAUUACUGGGAAAUGCGGAAAAAGAAGUUUGAAAUGAUUGAAGAAUUCAACGAAACUGCCUUUAGAUUCCAAUCAGAUCUUCCAGGGUACACAGAUGAAAUUGAAAUAAACAAUAAGUCGAACUUUACAAUAGGAAUAUUGAAAGGGAAGGUUAUUAUUGAGGAUCCUGUUUUAUCCCAUAACGUCACGCUAGAGGAUGGAGAGUCGUAUCUGCUUCCACCGAGAGAACAGUUUCUAGUCCACACAGUCUCUGACGUACCGUCUUACAUCAGUAUCAGUAGGCCUUUGGAUAUGAAGUUCAGCAGGUACUUAAAGGCAGUAGAAGCAAAAGAAAAUGGCGAAGAUCCCGACGGAGAACGUAUGAAGGAGUUUAAAGGGGACAAGGAUAUAUAUUCAUUCGACCAAAGGAUAGCUGAGGAUAAAGCACAGAAAGCGAACCCAAUAGGACCGCAAUGGUCCUUGGAUGGUUUCAUUGCCUUCGUCAAGGAGCGCUUCUUUUUAUUUAAACAAGGAAUGUUUUACGCCUAUGCUGCCAUACGCAGUAUACUUGGAGGAAAAUCAUUUGAGGAAUAUGCCAAGGCAUCUAAAACUUAUUUUAAUAAAGUGUAACAAAGAUGUAUCAACACAAACAGAAAUAAAUAACUAUUAGUCCGCGCCUCUGUUUUUACGGAAGUGUAUGUCUGUUAAGUAAGGAGUGAGUUGUGAUGCUAAAAUAUUUCUUCCUUUGAUUUAAUUUGUAUCAUUGAAAUUAUCUCAUACUUGAACAAAAAAUCAUACAUGAACAUAAUUGAUAUUUUUUGAUGUGACGCAUUUAUCAUAUUGUAAUAGGUGUAACCCACUUUGAUAUUUGACUUGCUAAAUACAUACUCAGUUAUUUAUAAUAUGAGUUGAUGAAUAUGUCGGAUUGUAUUAGGUGUUACCCCCCUUUAAUAACAAAGUGACAUGCCGAACUCGGUUUAACAUGCUGAAUAAACAUGUACUUAUAUCAAAAUGAGUUGAAAAUUAGAUUGAAAAUAAAGUUAUUAUUUUGUAUUAAAGUGUUUAAUUGAAAGCAUAAUCAAAU